UAACAUCUCCAGUCCCAGUCCGAGACAGUUGUCCUCGCGGAGGAGAUGACAACUAGAAGAAGCAGAAUGCCUGAGACUUGUGCAGUGCAAAAUAUUUUGCUUUUAGAAAAGGAGUAAUUCUGGGUUCAAUGAAUUUAAAAUUCCUAACCAGUGAUGAGCUGGCUCCUGGUGUGGAUUCUUAUAGCAGCUGGGAUUCAAAAGGUUAAAGAAGGGAAGCUACAUGGAGACAACAAACUGUUAAUGUCAUGAUCAGUUGUUGUUGUGGCCUACUCCCAGACCCAGAAUCCCACUGCCAUGCUGCCCCUAACAGAACCCACAGACCUGGAGCCAUACAACCGGACCCAGUACUGCCACUGGCCCUGUGAGUGCCCCCCGGUCCUCCCCGCCUGCCCCGCAGGAGUGAGCCUGCUCAUGGACGGCUGUGACUGCUGCAAGGCCUGCGCCAGGCAGGUGGGGGAGGAGUGCAACGAGGCAGACACCUGUGACUACCAUAAGGGACUGUACUGUGACUACAGCGUGGACAAGCCGAGGUACGAAAAAGGAGUGUGUGCCUAUAUGGUUGGCACAGGCUGCGAGCAUGAUGGUGUGAUCUACCGGAAUGGGCAGAGCUUUAAGCCCAGCUGUAAAUACCAGUGUCUGUGUGUGAACGGGGCCAUCGGGUGCGUGACCCUGUGUACGGACUCCCAGCCCCCCCGGGUGUGGUGCCAGAACCCGAGGAGGGUCAAGAUCCCCGGACGCUGCUGUGAACAGUGGAUCUGUGACGAGCCCAAGAAGGGGAGGAAGACUGCUCCAAGACAUGCAGUGGAGGCUCUUCCUGCUGAGACUCAGGGCCGGAGCAGGAACUGUGUGAUCCAGACCACCUCCUGGAGUAUCUGUUCUAAGACGUGUGGUCGAGGUCUGUCACUGCGCGUCUCCAACGCCAACGAGAGGUGUGAGAUGGUGAAAGAGUCCCGCCUCUGCAACAUACGGCCCUGUGGGGUGGACAUCACCAAGCACAUCAAGCCAGGGAAGAAGUGUCUGAACAUCUACAGAGAAGAACAGCCAAAAAACUUCACAAUCUCAGGCUGUGUCAGUAAGCAGCCUUACUGGCCUAAAUACUGUGGGGUGUGCAUGGCCACAGACGAUCGCUGCUGCAUUCCCUACAAGUCCAAGACCAUCGACGUGGAGUUUGUGUGUCCCAACGGGGCAGUGUUCACCUGGCAGGUCAUGUGGAUCAACGCCUGCUUCUGUAACCUCAGCUGCAGGAACCCCAACAACAUCUUUGCCGAGCUGGAGAAUUACUAUGGUUACCCUGAGAUCGUGAACUGAGACAUUUCAAUAAUUCGCCGUGAGCUUAUUAAGGGCUCUAUUCAGUCUGGAUCGCUGAAGCGUUACAGAUUGCACAAUAGAAAUUUAAAGGUAAUUUCUGAUUGAGACGACAUAUGCAGUGUUUACGGUGAAUGCAGCCUUCGCUAACAAGAGAACAUUGCCUUUAAAUUUCAAUCACGCUGUAACACUGAACUUCGGUGAUACGGAGUAGAGCCCGAAACUUCCAUCUACCUACAUUUUGAUCUUCUUUUCCUUUCCUCAAACGUUUUUUUGUCAGAACUUCCGAAAAAUGGUUUUAUUUGACGUUGGUAUACAUAAAGGCAGGUGUUCAAUCCGAGGUGUGUUAUUAGUGCAGAGCACCAUACAACAGACAGUCCGCCCUUUGAAGGCAUUUUCCCGGUGUCCGCAGAUGUCAUUCAUGGUAAAUGCUCUGAUUGUCAGCUCAAGCCUACAUUUCCUUUACAAGCCUGUUAUAGUGUGCUGCUCUAUAUCUUGCAUUGGAUUGAAUCGAUUAGAUUGAAUCCCACCCAAAGUAUUUUUCUUAUAAGAGGAUAUUUAAACGUGAGGAUUUUUUUUCAGAAUAUCUUUAUGGUCUGUAUAGGGUUGCUUUGGGAAUGAGUGUGACAUAUUUUAGUUGUAAUUUAUUCAAUACUAAAUGAUUGAAAAAAUGUUGCCAUACAGGUAUUUUAUGAAAGUCACAGUAACAAGUUUCACGAAAUCUCGUCCACACUCAUGUAAAGAUUGGUUUGAUCACGUGGCUCUGAAUUGAAUGAUGAGUAAGAGACGGCGUGAGAUGCUACUAUAGAAUGCAUGUACUAUAUACGGUUAAAUAUCCAUCUGUGGAAGGUGUGGUGUCAUUCUUACAAGGUCACAUUCUACGUAUGAUCAUUGAAGUAAUCACAACACCAGGACAAAAAGUUAUAGGUUUUUAUUUAUUAAAUAAAUACAAAACU